AUGGCAAAAAUUGAGCAGGGCAAUGGACUUGACUUGCGGAGCGGCACAGAUAAGCUGACAGAUAAUGGGAAAGGCAGCUCAUAUGUAUCCGACCCAGAGGUAAACGGUGUCCCCGGGGAGACUCAGGUGGAUAAGUACGGAUUCACAGGAGGAGCCCAGCAACACACCGGGAAAUUUGCUGAAGAAAUCCCCAUUGAGGUGCUGAGGCAGCGGGAGGCAAAAUGGCUGGAGAUGCUCAACAGCUGGGACAAGUGGAUGGCCAAAAAACACAAGAAGGUGAAAGAGCGUUGUCAGAAGGGGAUCCCUCCAUCCCUGCGUGGCCGGGCCUGGCUCUACCUCACCGGGGGCAAAGUGAGAAGGGAGCAAAACCAGGGCAAAUUCCAGGAACUGGACAGUCAGCCAGGAGAUCCUAAAUGGAUAGAUAUUAUUGAGCGGGACCUUCAUCGCCAGUUCCCCUUCCAUGAAAUGUUUGCAGCGAGGGGAGGUCAUGGGCAGCAAGACCUGCUCCGCGUGUUGAAGGCAUAUACUCUGCAUCGUCCGGAAGAGGGUUAUUGUCAGGCUCAGGCUCCCAUCGCUGCUGUACUCCUCAUGCAUAUGCCAGCAGAGGAUGCAUUCUGGGUUCUUGUCCAGAUCUGUGAGAAAUACCUUCCAGGAUACUACAGUACAGGGCUGGAGGCGAUCCAGCUGGACGGGGAGAUCCUGUAUGCUCUACUUCGGCGGGUGUCUCCUGUGGCCCAUCGUCAUCUGAAGAAGCACAAGCUGGAGCCCAUCCUGUACAUGACCGAGUGGUACAUGUGCGCCUUCUCUCGGACUCUGCCGUGGGCCUCAGUGCUGCGUGUCUGGGACAUGUUCCUUUGUGAGGGAGUAAAGAUCCUCUUUCGCGUGGGCCUGGUUCUCCUGAAAUGCAUGUUGGGAUCCCAAGAGAAACUGAAGGCCUGUCAAGGUCUCUAUGAAACAAUGGAGCUGCUCCGAGCUAUACAGCCACAGUACAUGCAAGAAGUUUUCCUGGUGCACGAGAUUAUUGAGUUGGUGGUGUCUGAGAAAGACAUUGAGAAGGAACACCAUGCUCAGCUGCGGCGCUGGAAGGAGACCCAUGGAGAUCUACACUGCAAGUCUCCUCCCAGGAUGCACGGCGCUAAAGCCAUCAUGACUGCCGAGCCGCCCAGUCGUCAGGACCUGAGACAGAGACCCACCAUUAUUGUGGAAUCUCCCCUGGCACCCAAGACAGUUGGGGAGAGAGAAGAGGAUGCCAAGGAAAGUGGAAAGACUGAAGAGGAAAAACAGAAGAAAACAAUCCCACUGCCACAGGAGACUGUUAUUCCUUACCGUCUUCCCACUGACCCCUCACCUCCCCUCAAACACGUGACUGUACAAGGGUCCAAAGAGAGUCUGAGCAGUGCAGAGCAUGACACUUACCUGUAGCAGGGUAAGUAUCACCAGUUUACUAACAUAAAUCAUUCCAUACAGCCUUUGCUAACUUACUAACUAAGUUUUCAGUCAAAGUUCUCACAUGUCACAGUGACACGAGAAACCUUUCCAUGACUUAUUUUAUCUGUGGUAGUCGUGACUGUGACAGUUUUUUUUUACUGAAAUGGCUAUUUUUACAAUCAAGAAAAAAGUAAUCAUGUUUUCAAAGCUGGCAAAAAUGCCAUUGCUCAGACUGCUAAGCAGUCACUGUGAUGCUGAACACAUUUUCACUGUCAUUUCAUUUAUACAGGUUUCUAUUUACUGUACUUUUAACUAAGUAGUCAUUGAAAUUUAGCAUAAAAGUGUAUGGAACUCAGAAAUGUGUAAUUGCCAGGGAGCAACAACAGAUGGCGACUGUGUGCCCUGUGCACACAUGUCUAAGGUUUUAUCCUGUGGAGCUAUUAGCUUCAUAUACCCUCACUAACUCACUGUUAACAGCUACUGCUGCUAUUUACCUCCUUGAAUUUUAAAUGUACCUCUUAGAUUCUUUCCUUUGUUAUAAAUGAAGUCGGAUUUUGUCUUGAUUGAUGAGGUCUUUUCUAGAGCACUUUGCCUUUAUAGUCUUCGUCUUUGGCUAUGUUAGUCACUACGUUGCCAACGCAGAGAUUCGUUUUUACCCUGCUUUACUAGACUCGCACAAAUUUACAGACACACAGUUAUAUCAGUGUGUCUGUCAUCCAGGAGUUUGUCUUUGCUGUUGUUGAACACUUGAGGGCGUCCUGAGAUUAUCUCACAGCCGCUGCAGUGACCAGCAGUCGUCUGCGUGACGGACAUAAUGAAGGAAGAAGUGUGCAGGGACGUUUUGUGCCACUAAGCCAAAGAUUUGUAAUGCAUAUUUUUAAGAUAUAUGUUGUCCGAGCAGUUUAUUCAAUCAUAUUGUUAUACAGUAUUCGGGAGAGGAUUGGGUUUAUCAAUGUCGUGAAUGGGAAAUGGAAAAAUGCCAUUUUAAAGAACACUAAUACAAAGCUGUUUUGUUUUUUUACAAUCAUGCUUAGUGCAUUCCUUAGACUUAGAUAUAUUUUACUAUAAAAGAAAAAUAUGGCAUUAGGAGUUUUGUUUUCUGCAACCUCAGAAUCUAAUCUCCAGUCCCAACACUUAAUGUGUUUUUUAAAACCAGGAAAUUCCACUCAAAUGUGCUGAAGUACCUGGUGUUAUCUUGGUUGACAAAACUGCUUUGAACAACUUUUAAAAGAAUACAAAACCAAAAAGACUAAUCAUGAAGUCCAAGUAAUGUACACAUAUAAUCUUCAGAAGUUCUUUUCUAAUGGCAUUAUUUAGAUACAAAGAUAUUAAAAGUCAAAAGAGCCAUAAACCUUUAAUGACUGAACGGUAUCUGUUGAUGCUCAUUUUAUCUGAGAUGUUCCAAUGAAGAAAUUGUUUGAAAAACUCUUAAUGAAUUCAGAAUCAAUCAACAUUUAACAACCAGUCCAGGAAAUUCCUUUAUCAGCAGUUACAUGUGUAACAGUAAAUCAGAUUAGUUGCUGUCAGGGUUUUUAUAAUGGAAAAUGGUUGUGGGUCUAUGUUGAUUUCAAACACUGAGCAGAUUUUAGUAUAGUUUAAAACACAGAUCACAUUUAACCAACAUGCAGUUCAUCAGUUGAGUUUCUACCAGGAGCUUUCUAUACUGUCAUAUAGGGGGCACCACUGAGCUUCAUCCAGGGAUUCAAAUCAUUAGUUGCCCAGUCAUUCUGAAGGAUACAGGAUGUGGUUUGGCAGCUAAACACUUAAUGUUGAUAUUUUUUAAAAACAUUUUUCAAAGAUUAUGUUUCACUAUAUAUAAACACAUAUAAAUGUAGGAUGUUGAGAAGCUCUUUAUUACUAAUCAUUGCAACUAUUAUGAUUAAAGAGAACAUUGUUUGAGCCUGGGUCUUGUAAAUGUGCAACUUAUCCUGCUGUACUCAUGGGUAUAUAGGACUUUAUUCCUGAUCUGUUUGCUCAUUUGAUUUCAAAUCAACUUCUCAUAUCUACAAGCUAUUUUGUACCAAAUUAGCUUUAAAUCAAUAAAAUGUUAAACUCUUGGCUUUUGCAGAUCUGUUAUUUUUUGCAUUUUAUUUUGAUAUAAAAUUCCCCUUCUUUUGCCUUAAUUUUAUAUAAAAGAAAGGCAAUGAGACAAGAGAAGAAGUGCCACACAGACUGGACUGAACAAGUAGGAUUUCAAUACACCCUGUGUUAUCAUUCAGCGCCCUCACACCCGCCCUCACCCACACAGCAGCACACUUCCUUGGACACCUGUUUCUCCGGCUCUUUCAGCUCUUUGAGGAAUUUGCAUCUCAAAUAGGGCGAAUUCCCACAGCACCGUCCAAAGCGCCUCACCCAGCCAUUUGCCUUUGGUCUCUGAAUGGAGUCUUCUGCCUGUAUACAGGCCUUCUUCUUCUUCUUUUUCUUCAUCGACAAGGUUCAGCUGCAGUCCAAGAACAUUACAGCUGAGAACACUCUCCUCUACAUUUUAAUUUACCCAACCAGUGAAAACCCCAACACUUAUAUAAAUAUAUGUGUCCCUUUGUUUAUAAUUCCAUUACUAUUGUCAGUUGAAUUCUUAUGGUCUUCCCAUACUUCCGCUCAUUUAAAGUAGAGACAUUUUCUGUCAUUUGAGAAUACACUUGAUUGCAAUGAUGAAAUAUUUUAAUUUAUCACACCCAACAAUCAGAUGAUUGAGAUUUUUCAUCUUCCUGAUGUCACAUUCCUCACCCGCAGCCUUCGCAGUGGCUUUUUCUAUUUCUGUGAAGGAUUUUGAGUGUUGCUUGUCUGAGGAUGCCUGUCAUUAAAGCAUUUUUGUAUUUCUG